GCGGAGCGGCCGGGGCUGCCGGCGGCGCCCAAGGAGGAGCCGGGCUGCGCCCCGCAGCAGCAGUACCGCGCCGCCGGCUCCUACUGCGGGCUGGAGGAGGGCGGCCGCCUCUUCGCGCCGCCCAGCCCGGAGACCGGCGAGGCCAAGCGCAGCGCCUUCGUGGAGGUGAAGAAGGCGGCCCGCGGCCCCGAGCCCGACGGCGGCGCCGAGGAGGGCCCGGAGCGCGGCUCCCCGG